AUGAGUGAAGAAAUUUAUGCUGAUAUGUUAAUGGAAUAUCAUGAUCCUGGUGAUAUAGAAACAGACCAGGACGUCAUGAGAGAAGAAAUAGUUAGCUACUGCACUACAAAUACGAUUUCGAAAGAGGAAUGUAUCGAAAAAAUACGAAAUCUGUUCAUUCAUAUACUUAAUCAGUGCAAGGAAAAGAAUAUUAAGAACAUUACGAUCCCAAUAACUCAUAGAUCAACAGCAGCAAACUCACAAGUUGAUCCAAUUUUAGGAACAAUGGUCCAAUACGAACAAGACCAGAAGUAUUUACUCAGGUUUACGACAAAUCCUAAGUAUUUCGCUGUAUUUUUACGAGUUCUAGCCGUAAUUUAUCAUUCUCUUCAAAAUGGCGAAGUAAUCAGUAAAAGGUCGAUUUACUACAGAGAGCCAUCAUUGUUUGGAUCACAAGAGUCCGUAAACCAAGCAAUAGAAUCGAUCUGCAGGUCUUUAGAAGUAAAUAGAACUUCAUUAGGCGUAAUCUCUUGUCCAAAGUCAUUUGUAGCAGGCCCGCUCAAAUGGGAAGAUGCAUCAGGCAACAUUAUCGAUGUCAGUACCCACAUUGCCCCGAUUCCUGCCUUGGUAGAUCAAAUAAUCAAAGUAUCUACGAACGCGAUUGCUGUCAUGGUCAUAGAGAAGGAGUCCAUAUUCAUGCGACUCGUCCAGUCGAAGAUUGUCACUGAAGUCAUCUUGAUAACCCCAAGAGGAGUUCCAGAUUACAACACAAGAUAUUUUGUGAGACUUUUGGACGAUAGCCUCUCAAUUCCUAUCGUUGGACUUUUUGAUGGAGAUGCAUAUGGUAUUUUCAUCAUGCACCUGUUCAAGUAUGGCAGUAUGAGUGCUGCACAAGAUGGCCAUGCAAUGGCGUGUCCACACAUGAUGUGGCUCGGAAUUCGACCAUCUGAUUUGAAUUUCCUUUCUUCCAACGAAAUGUUGACGAUUACGGACAAAGAAGAGAAGAUUCUCCGUAACAUUUUGACGUUUGACCACUUAAGUGAAGAAUGGAAAAAGGAAAUCAAGUUAAUCUUGGAAACAAAGAGAAAAGCAGAGAUCGAGGCGUUAUGCAACUCAACAAACUACCUCAUCGACCUUUACUUACCUCAGAAAUUUGCAAAUCAUGAUUGGAUAUAA